AUGCACCUGUCCACUAACUUAUUUAUUGCGCUCGCACUCGUUCUACCUGUGUUAUCCACGCCAGCCACUACAGAACAAUUACGACAAUGGAUUUUGGCAAAUAAGAAGACAAUCUAUGGUGAGAAUUCAAUCACGGAUGGAGACCUGGCUGGCACUAUCUUGCGAUUAUUCGGUCUUGAACGAAGCAGCUCGACGACAGAAACUACGGAAAAACCUACAGAGGUGGUCACAACCGAAUCUACCACCACUGAAUCUCCAACCACUACGACGACAUCGGCCACCACAGAAUAUACUACACCUUCAACUCUUCCACCUGUAAGAGACGUAUGUCCAUUCAACGCGGAACCGCUGAUGCUUGGUCAAGACUUCGCCUACUGUCGUGCAUCUGCCAUAGGAGACUGUCCUGUCGGAUAUCUUUGCGAUCAAUCUUUUGUGCUUGGAAAAUCUAUUUGCUGUAGAGACAACCGUCUCAGGCCUAUGCCCACUAGACCCGUCAUCAUCAUGCCCAGCUCGCUGCGUCCACCAUUCAGCUGGAACACAAUCACACCUACACCAUCGCCAAAAUGGAAUGUUUUCACCACAGUGAAGAAGGCACCAUGGUACAUCAAAGACAGAACCACAUGGCCCAGUGUCUACAACCGCGUCACAUCAGAAGCCACCCAAGCUCCAACCCUGACCACUGAGGAAGAGACUACCUCCACUACUACGGAGCCUACCACGACCACAACGGAAGAGACCACGACCACCACUACUACCGCAAGCACAACAACUAAGACUGUGAAUCCUUGGGCACGUAUCUGGUCCACCACCGCGGCACCAGAGAACACAGUCAGCGUUAGUGUACUCCAAGCAGGAAGCCUCCGUCCACUUAGGGAUGGUCAGUUCGAAACCGUGGGUGCCAUCACGCUCAUCAACGAUAACGGGUUCUUGGUUCUUGUUGAUACCGGUGCAUCAAGCGAUACGGAACGACUUCUUCAAAGCUUAGCCAAAGAAAACGUCACACUGGAUCAAAUCAAUACCGUUGUCAUCACCCACGGUCAUCCAAGCCAUAUGGGUAACAUGAACUUCUUCGCGCAGAAACCAAUUCUUUUCCAUUCAAUGGAGUACAUUGGACGUCAUGUGACUCCAACGGAGCUUAGAGAGCGUCCUUACCGCAAGCUUUCACCUCAUGUUGAACUGUGGAAGACUCCCGGACACACCCAACACGACCUCAGUGUUCUAAUCCACGAUGUAGCCAGUUAUGGAACGAUGGCCAUUGUUGGGGAUUUGAUCCCAAGUGAAGCACUCAUCAGUGAAAGGCGCGAUAUCAUGGAUGAGGAAGGCGUCUGGGACUCGGCUAUCAAGCGCCAAAAUGCCAACCUCAUCAUCUGCAUGGCUGACUGGAUAGUUCCUGGACACGGCCAACCAUUCCGCGUUCUUCCGCACUACAGACAAAGAGCUGGUUGCACUCGACUCUUGGCUCAACGACAGAAUUCUGUUUAAGCAGUUACUAGACAAUUCUGUGUUUGUUGAGAAAGAAAGGAGUACUUAGCUAGUCGCUUUAACGCUGUUUGCUCCUUCAUCUCCAGCUUUUGCGUUUUCACUCUUUGCUUUUCACUAUUUCGUGCUCAAAGUGACUGAGCACUGCCUUUCAGUUUUGGGCGAUUGGUUGUCGCUUUCUAAGUAUGUACUAUGUACGAUGUUUUAUGUGAUGGCAAUCAAUUUUGAUUAUGUUGUUGGAUGUGUG